AUGAAUGCCGAAAAGCCAAACUUUCUGUCGCAGCCUGUCGUUAAGAAUGUCUUCAUGUACCGUAACGGAGACCCCUAUUACGAGGCCCGACGGAUAGUGAUUAACCAGAAGAGAGUGUGUAACUUUGAGACUUUGCUGCGGGAAGUGACCAGCGGGAUUCAAGCGCCGUUCGGAGCCGUGAGGAACAUCUACACGCCCAGAGGUGGACACAAGGUAGACCGUCUGGAGAACCUGCAGAGUGGCGAGCAGUACGUGGCUGCAGGCAGAGAGAGGUUCAAAAAACUCGAUUACUUAGAGAUUGGCCCAAGAAAGAGGAGGAUGCUGCAGGCUCUUCCUCUGCAGGUAAAACCUCCACCACAAAACAGGAUCAUGGUGUCAGCGCGAUUUCUGAAGCCAAUUAAGGAACCAUGCCCCAUAUUUGUUGUUGCCAAUGGUGAUGUCUUAAACCCAGCCAUGAGGUUGCUGAUCCAUCAGAGGCUACUGGGACAGUUUGAUAAGAUCCUGGAGCUGGUCACAGAGAAGAUGGGUUUGAGGGUCCUAGGGGGAGUGCGCAGUCUGUACUCCUAUGAGGGCCAACAGGUGACUGAUGGGAACCAGCUGGAGAGUGGUCAGCUCUAUGUGGCUGUGGGGAGGGACAAGUUCAAGAAGCUGCCUUACAUCGACCUACUUUUCUCCAAAACCUUGAGGGGGAGGAGAAUGAAAGCUUACUCUCUCCCACCAAUCUACAGAAUGUCAAAGCAAAAUGGGACUGGUAAAUCCAUGGUACAGUCCAGUGACAGUGGAGAAACAGACCCCAAAGCCUCUCCUCCAGCUGUGAACGGCAACAGUAAGGAGCACCUUUCCUCCAUCGUCAGGGAGAUCUCUCAGGCUCGACUCAUAUCUCUGAGGAAGAGGAGGAGUGGACAGAGCAUGGCACUGGGCAGCACUGACCAGGAUGAUGUGGAGGGGAGAGUCGAGGGGAGAGCCACAGAGGAGGAUGACCUUCAAAACCAGCCUGAGCUGCAGAACUCUUCACCAAACAAUAAAGAAACUGCAAAAGGAAAUGAUUCGCCCUCGGAUCAGACCCCCAGUGCAUCUGAUGCCCAUGUGUCUAAGGACGACCCCGGUGAACCCACAGGAGCAGACAAGAAGCAGGACUCAAACGAACAAGAAAACUCUCCAUCAGACGUGGUCAAUAAUGCAGACACAGAUGAGAAAAGCUGCGCAGAGGAGGGCACGAGCCAGGGCCAGGGACCUAGUGAUAAGACUGCGGACAGUAAUGAGAAAGAGGGCGAGGAAUCUAGCAAAGGUGGACAAGAUGAUCAAGACAAAAGUGCAGAAGGAGUGGAGGAAGGAGACAGUGGGAUGGGGGGGAACGGCAGCCAUGAUGGAAGUAAUGAUGCAGACACAGGGGAGGAGCAGAAAGUACAGAAAGAAGACAGCAACGACGUGGAUAAGACCCAGGCAGAUAAUGAGACCAAAGAGGCUAAAAGUAGUGAUGCUAACGGGGAAGAGGAAGGGGCAGACAGUAGCAAAGACGCAGAGGAGUCAGGAGAGGUCAAUGAAGAGGUCAGCGGACAAGAUGACGAGGUGAAGAGUGAAGCCGGGCCAGACGUGGACAAGGAAGAUCCAGACAAAGAGAAAGAGAAAGAAUUAGAAGAAGAUAAUUGA